GGAAUCCCUGAAAGCAACACUAGUUCCCAGGACAGAACAGGAGGGGGAGGAAAAAUGGGUUUAAUGUUCUGCUGCUGCUUCAUCCGUCGCCUUGUCUGCACACCACAGUGUUGUAGUGGACCUGGAUGCUGUGUGGGCGAUGCUGCCACAAGGGAUUUAUUGUGAUUUCGCAGAGAUCUGUAUUCAACCGUUGCAUCAACUAAAAUAAAAUGAAAUGAAAAGGGCGUCAGAGGACGGACAGGAGUAAGAAAGAGGGGGGAUCUAUAAGACAUCACCACCUGUUACCAGAAAAUCAGCUCUCAAGCACGCAUCAUGACAGAAUGAUACCUUAGCAUCAUCCUGCUUCGGGUAGAAAAUCCUCCAGCCUCAAUCUGCUCCAGUGGGAAAUACACUGCUUACACAGCCAGCCAGGACAAGUGACAGCGCUGCACUCCCACCCAAAUCUGACAGCCAUGAUCCACAGAGGCCCCCCGCUACGGCUCAGAUCAGGGAUCAGCUCGCUGCUCGAUGGCUAGACCUCUGCACUCGAAGAGCUGGGGGCCUUUCUGCUGAGAUUCUCUCACUGCAUUGUAGCACAUGGAUUUCAAGACAUCGAAUGAAGAGACAAAGACUGGGAUUUAUUUGAUGCAAGAAGGUAAUGAGGAGCCGUUUAAUAUUCGACUGCACUUGGCGAAAGACAUUCUGACCAUUCAGGAACAAGACGUCAUCUGUGUGUCGGGAGAACCUUUCUAUUCGAGCGAGAGGACUGUAACGAUCAGGAGACAGACAAUUGGAGGGUUCGGUUUAAGCAUCAAGGGUGGAGCAGAGCAUAAAAUCCCUGUUGUGAUAUCAAAAAUAUCAAAGGAACAAAAAGCCGAACUCUCUGGACUGCUUUUCAUUGGAGACGGCAUCCUUCAGAUAAAUGGAAUAAACGUCAGAAGCUAUCGCCACGAGGAAGUGGUCCAGGUUUUGAGGAACGCAGGUGAAGAAGUGACCCUCACUGUGUCCUUCUUGAAGAAGACUCCGGCCUUUUUGAAGCUGCCCCUGUGCGAGGACUGCACAUGCAUCCCCAGCGACCAGAGUAGUGGGACUUCAUCUCCUCUCUGUGACAGCGGCCUGCACCUAAACUACCACCCGAACAACACGGACACGCUGUCCUGCUCGUCCUGGCCCACAUCUCCGGGGCUUCGCUGGGAGAAGAGAUGGGUGGACCUGCGUCUUAUUCCACUGCUGCACUCACGCCUGUCGCAGUACAUUCCCGGCGCUGACGUCUGCAGGAAAAAUGCUUUCCAGGUCAUAGCUGUGGACGGAGUUUGCAGCGGCGUCGUGCAGUUUUCCACAGCGGACGAUUGCUUGGACUGGCUUCAGGCGAUAGCGAGCAACAUUUCUAGUCUCACCAAGUACAAUGUGAGUACAAGUCACGCUUGCUUUGCAUUCGCUUGGUAGAUUAUCUACAUGGGCUGGGUGGACGAGAAGGAGCAGGACUCCGUCCAGGACCGGAUGUACUCCUCAAAGUUCCUCGCGCUGAGGGGUUCCUCGCUCUUCAAGUUCACUGCGCCUCCCGUGACAACAUGGGACUGGACCAGAGCAGAGAAAAGCUUUACCGUGUACGAAAUAAUGUGCAAGAUUUUGAAGGACAGUGAUCUUCUGGAUAAAAGGCGGCACUGCUUCAGCGUUCAGACGGAGACCGGGGAGGACAUGUUCUUCAGCGUGGAGCUGGAGUGUGAGCUGCUGAUCUGGGAAAAGGCUUUUCAGAUGGCCACGUUCCUGGAGGUGGAGAGGAUACAGUGCAAAACGUACGCCUGCAUCAUGGAGAGCCACCUCAUGGGACUCACAGUGGACUUCAGCAUGGGCUUUGUGUGCUUCGACGCUGCGUCAAAGGCUGUGCUGUGGAGAUACAAAUUCUCCCAACUGAAAGGAUCCUCCGAUGACGGGAAAAGCAAGAUCAAAUUUUUAUUCCAAAAUCAAGAAUCCAAAUCCAUUGAAGCAAAGGAGCUGGAGUUCUCCAACCUCUUUGCCGUGCUUCACUGUAUUCAUGCUUUUUUUGCUGCCAAAGUUGCUUGUCUGGACCCGGUGUUUGUGGAGAGCCAAGGCACUGCAACAACCGCAGGGAUUCCUUCUCUGUCCAACCUCUCCUGCAACUCACAGACUCCCAAACUGAAGUACACCACUUGACAAGGGCUGCUGUCUCUGGACUCCCUUGUAGACGAGACCAAAUAUUUAUCAGCACCUAAAACGGUGGACAGGAAGCAGGUUAUAUGUGGCAGACUGGUGGAAUAAAAGACCUCAGUGGAUUUCAGGAAGAC